UGAUGACGUUUUCACCGGAAGUUGUACAAAGUAGGACAGUUUACAUUGGAGAUAGCUGUACCGUUAUGCAGUGAUAUAGUGACUAUUGAAGGAAACUCCUCAGAUUCAUUAGGUCAAGUUUCCGAAUAUGAACUGUGAAUUUGAUAGCCAAUAGAAUUAGGUACAGAAGCAGUUACCCACGUAAAAUGGAAGAUCCGGUGGAACUACAUGGGGAAUCCCCAAAUCCAGACGAAGGUCAGCAAUCCAAUGUCAGAAGUCUGAUUCGCCCACACUCAGCUAAAGGCAAAAAGCCCCCCAGCAGAGGCAGUCCUUCUAGUACACCAGAACCACCAAUGGGCCGCAUUAGACGGCCCUGGUCAGCUCAUCCUAAAACCAGGGCCGAUGUUUCUAAGAAGAAACUUGUCCGCGAUAACUUAAAGAAAUCUCACAUGAGACCACCAAACAGACGACAGGUUUCAAAGACCGAGGGAGAUAUGGUGGAGGGGAAUGUGGUUGACGAUUCACAAGUUAUUGGUCUGGAGUGUCCUGGACUGGACUACAAGCCGCAGCGGUACAAUGUCAAAGAUGAACUGCAGGACAGCGAAGGACAACCCGACGACAUGCUGGACCACGGAGUGACCACCUUAGUGUCAGAGUCAUCUGGACGUACCUCAUCUCCUGAGCAUAACUGGGCAAUGACGCAGGUCAAGGACAAAGAUAUGGCAAGGUCAAAGAAACAGCACCCCACGUUUGAAACAUGGCUCAUGCCUUCGCAGCAUGAUUCAGAAGAAUAUGACACAGACCUGGAGGCAGAUAUGCUUAAGAAAACUGAAAAGCCGUUGGAUCCAACGGGAAAAACUACAUAUCUUGACCAGUGUAAAAGGGAUGGUUUGAUCCCCGUUUCAUAUCUUUCUCGUCACCUUGGUGAUAGGAAUCUACGCAUGCGCCAUCAUUAUCUUGGCGGUCAUGCCACAAAACCAGUGGCCAGAGCAUUAGAGUUCAACACAGUGACAGAAAACCUUGACCUCGGAGACAAUUAUUUAGAAGGAGACGGUGCAGUACACCUAUGUCGAAUGCUCAAGGAUAACAUGUUCAUCGUGUCACUGGACAUUUCCAAUAAUUUCAUUCAGUCACGCGGAGCGAAGGCAGUGGCAGGCAUGCUGGAAGUCAACACUACACUGAAAACACUCUCGUUGUCUGGUAAUCAGCUUUGUGACAGGGAUGCCCAGCAUUUUAUGGAAGCUCUGAAAAACAACACUUCCCUGACGUCACUCGACCUCAGUAACAACGAGAUUGGAGAAGCGGGAGGGCUGUAUAUAGCUGGUGCGCUGGUUAGCAAUGAAAGCAUCACAGAUCUUGAUCUAAGUUGGAAUUCAAUCCGCAGCAAAGGUGCAGAGGCCAUCGGUAAAUCUCUAGGUAACAAUCAAGUGCUUGAAGUGUUGGACAUUUCCUGGAAUGGAUUGGGGAUGUCUGGGUGUAGAGGGCUACAACUGGGCCUUCGUGUAAACUCUAAACUACGAGUUCUGGACAUUAGCAACAACAGAAUCAACAAGAACUGUGCCAAAGAGCUAUCGUUUGGGUUGAGCAAGAACUUUGGUUUAGAGACCCUGCUGAUGAACUUGAAUGCAUUAACAGAUGAGGGAAUAGAAAUCAUACUGAAAGCCAUACAUCAAAAUCAAACUCUAACAUACGUCUCACUGCAGAACUGUGGGGAGAUGAAUAUUAAUGUGAACAACUACAAAAAAAUACAGCAAAUGGAGAACGAGAAGGACAUAACGAUUCUGCAUGGAGGGUUAGGAGGCGCGCAAAGAUACACUCCCCAGACAAGUGUCUUGAAGGUGUUGUCAAGGUUCCUAAAGGAACACAGGAUUGAUCUAGAAGGAGCACUACGACAACAAGACAAAGAUCACAGCGGGACUUUACAACACGAGGAGAUCAAACUGGCAUUCAAGGAUGCUGGGCUAAGGCUGACAAAUAGGCAGAUUGAUAUAUUGGUGGAGGAAAUCGACGUUACGCAUUCUGGUUCUAUAAAAUGGGAAGAUAUACUAAAUGGCAGGGUACUGACGGAUUACAACAGGCGAAAGUCUACAAACGCCUACAAAAUUGCAGAUGUGGAUCAGGAAACACUAUUUAGCCACAUGAAGAAAAGGCAGCUCACAGUUAUAUAGACAGAAGAAAAUGUUUGUGACAAUUUCCAUUGGAGUUCAACAAUCCUGGCUUGUCGUUCUCGUGUUUCAUAUUUUGCAUUGGGAAGUCUUGGCUUUUUGCUUUGCAAUUUUCUUUUAGAUGAUAAGAGUGGUUUAUUUCGUUUCUGUUAGCCAAAAAAGGAAAGAAUAAUCGACACUACUAAUUAUUUCAUUCUAUCAAGUUAAGUGAAUUGCACAUACUAGUUAAGGCUCUUCAGCUUUUCUGUAGUAUGAACAGUUACUUUGUAUUUGCAAUCAUUUUAUGGGAACUAUGCAAGUUUCCUAUUCACAAGCCAAAGUACAGCAUCAAGUUUGUUUUAAAAUGACAGAUGUAAGGUAGUGAUUGGAAAGUUUAGAAGAAUCUCAGCUACAAUCAAACUAUAACAAAGAUUUACCCCUGUAUAACCUGUAAGAUAGUGUUAUGGUAAUUAUUUAUUUUAGUACAUUGGUGGAAAGUGGGAAAACAUAUUAUACAAAUGUUAUUAUUUAUUUUAUAUAUAUGUAGCUGUCUGGUCAUUCAACGUUUAUGUACUGAACCCCUUUCAUCAAAUCCAACUGAUUAAUAUGCAAUUUACCAAUGAAUAAAACAUGUUAUUUUCUAUCCAUUAUGGCGAGGUAUGGUUUAAUGUAGAAUUUAGAAAUUCAUUGUAGCUUCCCCUUAUCUUUAUUCUGGUAGGAUUAAUAUACCCGUGAAAUUUGAAGGAUCUUUUACCCGCUAUAUGUUCACCCAAGAUUCUGGGUUUUUUUAAAUUACAGAUAUAGAUUAAAGAGAAAAAACAUAAUUUACUUACUAUCAAGUUUUUGUAAGAAUAAGAUUCAUCUUAGUUUUAAGGGUGUCGUUAAAACAAAAAUUUCUUACCUUACCUAAGGAUUCAGAUUUAGAGUCUCCAUUGUAGACUCGUUUGGUUUACACUUAGAAGGUAUGGAUUGUCUUGUCACAUUGUUUAUAUUAAUGUAAUGACUUAAAAGCUACUACAAAUCUUUAAAUUACACACUUAUUGGUUCUGAUUAAUAAGCGAAUGGAUCUCAUGACAAUUUACAGUUUAUCUCAGAUCAAAUAAAUUGACGUCAGAUAGAGCCUUAUAGUAUCCAAUUAAUCUACCUCAUUAGAUUAUAUACCCUUCUAAUUUUUAUAUAAUUGUACAUUAUAACAUAGAUUUUCUAUCUUUUGAAUUGUUGUCUCACAGUUAGAUCACGGUUAUCUAUAUGCAUAGUGUUAUGUCUUCCACAGUAGAUCUCUUGCCAGAUAUUCAAUAUCAGUAUUAAUUUGAAUCACUCUGCCAACGGUUUAUAUAAUGUGUUACAAGAUGUACUGCAUCUUUAAAAAGCCGUUGUUGUUCGAGAAGUCAAGCAUGCACGAAGUUAUUAUUUGCUGUAUGAAAGCAUUUACAGUACACUUGUAACAAACUAAUUUAUUUGUUUCUGUAGUUAGGACUCACUCACAUGGUCAACACUUGUUACAUUUUACGUCGUAUUUGAUUGCGAUAUGCAGCUUUAUGCAAUUGUUGCCAGUUGAUCUGUCAUUGAUAAAUUAAAAGUAUAGAUACACGUAC